CAAACAGGAAACAUCAUCGGGUUGAGUGGCGGCGCUGCUCGGCCCACUUUCGCUCCACGACCACGUGCGGGCGCUUUGAAAGAAGGUCUUGGUCGCUUUACUCGUGUGCCGCCACUUGAUCCCUGACUGCUGCCGCGGCUAGACUUUUUAUGCACUCGUGGGGUCGCUUUCGGCCGACCAAAGUUACCUGCUCCUCGUCCUCGACCACUGUUGGCGCGACCAAAUCGUGGAGCAAACUUGCCAUUUGGGACGUACGACGAAGAGCCCGCAGAGUUGUUGGUAUCUGAUGAAGAUUGAACUGAAGGAGGCUGGACGUCUUUAAGCUUCUCGAGUUGCUGUCGCAUUUCGGCUUCAUCACGUUCAUCUACUUCCUUCCAGAAUGAUUUCAACGCUGCCAUUAUUCGUGCUCCAUAUCUCUCCACUUUGCUGGACGUCAUUGAAUCGACCUGCACCAGGUCAGAAUUCGUGCGCGGAAGCAGAGCUGCCACCUGUUCCAAACCCUCCUGUGAAAUAAUCGCAUAUGGACUCGAUAAGCGUGAUUCAUCAGCGAUUUGGGUAACAGUUUCGGUUAGCGUCUGUAGACAACGAGUAAACACGUCCCUAUACUUCACAAUGUGUUUUUCUUUAAGAGCUUUUGCUUCGGAGACAGCAGUCCUCGCCAAUAGAUCUGACGCUAUCGACUUUCGUUUUUUAUCAGCGGUAACGUGAAGGAAAAUUUUGGGCUUGGGACCUCCCACGAGCGCUUGACGACUUUUGAGAGUGAGUUCUGCAUAAGCUACAGUAGCGUACUGGGUUUUAUACAGACGCUCUUCUAUAUAUCCUUCAACAACCAUUUUUCUCAGGAAUCGAAGCGAAUCCUGCUCGGACAUGCCAACACCUCGACCAUAG